AUGAGUGCCCAACUGUCACACGAAGCUGCGGUUGCAUCCGCUGACCAGGGCCCGGAGCUCCUCGGCUCCCCCGAUCUUACACCUGCCGGCGAGCCGGCCGCGUCUGCAUCUCAAGCUGAGUCUCAGGAGCUGGUUUUUGGGUCUCUGGGGGAUUUUGAUUCAGCAGCUCCUGAUGCAGUGUUGCAAGAGACAGCACAUGAUCCAGAAUUGGUCAGCCUCGAGGAGUUGGCCAAGUCUUUGAGAGAGCCUAAUGCUGCCAGUGGGUUGCACUUAGGCCCUGCCCCAGCCUCUCCUGCCGGGUCCCUAGGUAGGGCUUCUCCGGUUGGCGGUCCGCCUAGUGUAGUCCUCUCUCCCACAUUCUCUUGGGGCGCUCAGUCUGAUGCGGAAAAAGAUCCCGGCUCAGAGACCAGAUGGUGGAAUCAGGUCCGCGACUCCGAGCCCGAGUCUGGGCCUGCUGGGGUCUCUUCGUCCUCUGGUUCCUUCGACUUUGCUGCUACAUUCAGGAUGGCCGUGCAAGCACAGUGGCGGAUGCCGGAAAGGGAGCCGCUUAAGCAACCUUGGGAGCAGGGGAUCUUUGGUGAGCUAUUCGGAAGCGGCGGCCCAGAGCUACUGCCCACUUUGAAAAGGUCUGUUCCUACAAUUCUGAAGGAGGACGGAGCGCCUUCUGGAGGGGCAGAGACCGCUGCAGUGAAGAGAUCGAGGAUCGUGGACAAAGGUGUCUCCUUUGCCGCGGCGGUGCAAAUCAGGGUCGCUGUGGCGUGGAGUGAGCAGCGUGAGGCUCAGUUCGAGAUCGGGAUCGACUUGUGGAUGACCCUCAUGAAGGGCUGGAGUAGUUGCAGCUUCGUUGACCUUUUGGAUGCCGAGCUGCCUGGUGAUGCCCAGCGAGGAGUUAUCUCCGACAUCUUCAGGGGAAAGGAGAACCUCGCAACCUUCCCUUGUGUGGAGCGUGAGCUGUACCAGUACUUGAAGCAUCUGGGGUGCCUUGGAGUGGUGGAAUCUUUCAAGGAGUCCAAGCAGGCCCCGGCCUUGACUGUGGCGCAACUUCUACUGCUGCACGAGGCUCUCGAGUCGCAUCAGGACCCCUGGACCCGUCACUUCGCGGGAUGCGCCUUGGUGGCUACUUUCAGUCAGGGUGGGGAGCUCAUUUACCUGGAGCUCAGGAUUGGGGUGCAUAAAACUUGUCGGCUACAGAGCAAGAGGCAUCGCUUCUUGCACGUGGUCUCCCCGAGUCUGGGCUUGAAGCAAUUUGGCGAACUGUGGCUGAAGAGCCGAAGGGACAUCGGACUUUCGGACGAAAAGGAUAUGCCUUUUUGCCCUGUGCCGGAUGCAAGUGGCCGCCCGACAGUCCGAGGCAUUGAGUCGGACGAAGCCACAACUUGGCUUCGUCUCCUCCUCAAGAGCGAGCCGGGAAAGGAAAUCGAGCCCUCGUCGAAAUCCUUCAAAGCCACCAUUCUCUCGUGGGCGGCCAAGAGAGGAGUGGAUGGCCUCUCAAUUCAGAGGUUAGGCUACCAUGCGUCGGGAGGUUUGGACUUUGUCUACAGCCGUGAUGCCCAGGCGCCAUACAUACUUCUGGUGGAGAAGCUCCUGGCCGAAGUUCGUGAUGGGAGGUUCAAGCCAGACGAAACCAGAGGGGGUCGGAUCAUCGGGGCACCGACGUCUCUGCUAGAGCCGUUAGUGGAGCCGUUGGUCGGCCCAGGCAUCCCAGGUGACUCGUGUCCUGAGGUUGGUGCUCCUGUGCCCCAGCUGGUCAAGGAGGAGAUCAGAAGUGACCUCAGCGCAGGGUCGUUUGUCGUCGUGAAUGCAACGGAGAGCGAGGCUGAGGAUGAUCUUGUGUCCCUCGGUAGCUCUACGGACUCAGCAGACGAGUACGAACAUCAGCCUGUUGCAAUGGUGGCCGGAGGGGACGCCGUACCUGACGGUUUUGACCUUUGGUUGCAUGCGGGCUCGAAGAUCGCUCAUCUGGGUGUGGUCGUUUUCCUUGCGCGUGCUCUGGGUGAGAUGUCCCCAGUGGUGCAUUGCAGCAAGUGCUGCACUGAGGCAGAGGUGCCUGGAGGUUACUCCGGAUGGGAGUCUUUACACGUCUUUGUCAGCGCAGAGCAUACGCACCUUCAGGCAGUUGGCAUUCGCUAUCGGAACGCCGAGGCAACCACAUAUGUCAUCCAGGCUUUGAAGGAUCAGGUAAGUGCGGAUGCCCCUGAAGGGCAGGUCCGAAAAAUGCCGAUGGCUGAGCGAGCGGUUCAGCAAGAGAAUCAGGUCCUGAGUGAUCGUGCCGAGUAUCUUGAAGGUCGUCUGCGCCUCCUGCACCCUUGGUCCCCCUCCCAAGCCCACCUUUUUCAGCUUGCUGCCGGUGUCAGUUCGGCGAUACAGCAGGCUCCGCAAGAUGCUCUGCCCUCCGCCACUCAGGCCUUUGCUCGGCAGCGGGCUCGUUUUGCUGCGCUGAUUCGGUCAGAUGAUUCUGUGCGCUUUGAGGCUUUACGUAAGAUUAAGACCCUGACUUUACUUGAUCCUGCUGCAUCGGAGCUGGGGCGGCUUCUCAUCGGCGAGGCCGCUAUUUUGUCUGACCCUGAGAGACUUCAGAAGUCCUUUGCUGACACGUUCGCUACAAAGAGCACUGCAACAUUGGCCAAACGAGCUUCCUCCUUCUGGAAGUUUGCCGAGUUUUGCUUGAUGUUCGAUUUUGGCUCGCCCUUUCGUGCGAGCGAGGCGGCUGUCUAUGCAUAUAUCCAGGACUUACAAGCCCACGGAGCUCCCACGUCGGCCAAGGCCUUUCUUGAAAGCUGGAAUUUUCUGUCAGCGCUACUGGGUUUCGCAAAACUUGCAGGCCAAUCACCUUUGUCAGGCCGUGUGCGAGGAGCUGCUGCAGCGUUGGCGGCCACCAAGAAGCCGCUGGUCCAAGCCUCACCAUUGUCAGUUCCAAUGAUUCGGGCUCUGGAAAGAAUUGUGGUGAAACCUCCGUAUCCUCAUUGGCGUGUGAUUGCCGGGCACAUCCUUUUUUGUGUGGGAAGCUGUUCUCGCUUUUCGGACACAAUCCACCUCAAAUCUCUGGAGCUUCAGAGUGCGGGAACUGUGCAUCUUUUGGAAGCAUCCUCUGCAUCUUACAAGACUGGUACUGGCGAACGGAAGACCAUACUUCUGCCGCUGCUCUGCCUGGGAUCUUUCGUGUACCCCACGAUUUGGGCGCCGCUGUGGAUGGAAGCCCGAGCUGAUGCUGGCCUCGGCCUCAAUCCUCACAUCGACAUUCCUUCGGAGUCCCGCAUCAGCAGUCACAGCAUGAAGGCCACCUUUCUCAGCUGGCUAGCCAAAUUCGGAGGAGUUUCUUUGGAGGACCGCCGCAUUGCAGGGCACCAUUUGGACCCUGAUUCCCGGUCCCCUCUGACCUACAGCCGUGACGAGCUGUGCCGCUUGAUGAAGAUUUUCGAGGACAUCCUGAAAGCCAUCCGUUCCGGCCAUUUUAAGCCUGAUGACAGUCGCGUGAUGCGUUUAGCUGUCAUGGUUCAGGCUGAGUCAGGCCCUCAGCUGCAGGAGAAACUCCUCGAGCAGGACCCAUAUGUCUCCGACUCCGAAGCUGGUGAUUCCGACAUCAGCCCCGAGGAUCUGGAGGCCCGAGCCGGUGGAGUCCCCCUGGACAAUGGCUUGAACGCUGCUCAGAUUCCUUCUGUCUACAGCAAGAUGCACAUUUACAGUCGUACAGUGCAUAUACAGGCUGCUGAAGGUGCCAAAUUUUUGUGUGGCCGACCCAUCACCCGCAAUUUUGACGAGCUGGACAAGGCCGUACCGGCGGCCUUUAAGGCCAGAGCAAUCGAGCUCAACUUUCCCGAGGAGACCCUGAAAAAGCUCGCGGCCAUCAAUGUGGACACGUUCGGAGCUCUAGCCUUUAUCGGGCCUCUUCAAGCUGGCACGACCGAUGAGGGCCCACUCAUCAGCAUGCUGAAACGUGCUUUGGGUUCAGCGUCUGAUGACGCGCUUAUGAGCAUCGCUCGCCGCCUGUGGUUCGAAAGCACCACUCAGGCUCUUGCUGAAAUGCGUGGCAAGGUCGAGCGCACCGAUGCUUCUGAACCAGUUCGGAUGCCUUUGGCCGAGCGCACACAACGCCUUGCUGCUCUUCAGAAGCGACUUGUGGGUAUUCACUGGACCUCCGACAUUGAGCCUUCCCAUAAGCUACAAGACUUGGUUGCUCAGAUGGUGUCUGAUCAGUCCUUGCUUUGGAUUCCGUGGGAUCGCCUCACAAGCCGAGCUUUGGAAAUUACGUCUGACAAAACCGAUCAGGCGGUCAGCUUCGACAGUGCCGGGAACCUCAAGCUCGUGAAACGGUCAGCUGAACCUUCUUGCAGUACCAUCGGAGAAUACGCCGUUAAGCUGGCACUUCAGAGGAGGAGUUUGGCUUUCGAACUAGCCAGAGUCUGCCGUUACGAGUACCUCGAGUCCUGGCAUGACCAGUUGCUGCAAGUGCAUAUGCGCUCCCAGCCUUCAGGCCAUCAAAGAGUUUCGAUUGCUCAGCUUCGUGAAGCCGACAAGUUUCUGUGGACGAGGAUCGCCGAGGAUACGCGUGGCUCACUGUCCAUGCGCUCAGAUGGCUCGUACCCCUUCGAGGCCUCGCUUGCAAAGUGGAAGGAUCACACGCAAGUUCAGUGCUACCUACUUCCGCUGAUGCGAUCACCGCCUCCACCGCCGACUCCACACACUCCCAACAUCCCGCCCAACAAGGACGGGAAAGGAGGCGGCAAGGACAAAAAUCAGAAAGGGCUCAAGAUUCGCAAGGACACUCCCGGAGCGGAGAAACCCAAUUCUGCAGCUGCCGGCGUGAUGACUCCUUCAUUCAGGGAUGACGAGACCGGUGGCAAGCGUCUUGCGGCCGAGGAGUUGGCCGACCAGCUCCUUGCUCGGCCCACUGAACCGGUUCUAGAGGGCGCUCUGUUAGUUUGGGGGCUUUUGCUUUUUCAGGAUUUUACUUGCACAACCAUUGCUGUUUUCACAAACCUUCAAACACAGCUUCACCAAGAUACCGCCAACGAUUCGCGAAGCCACAACCUUCUUUAUCCGCUCUCCAAAUUUUCUGAAGGAGACGUCUGGAUCGAGUCCGAUCAGGGAAAGGUGCCUUUCGAACACCGGGGCGAGGUUCUCUGGGGAGACUCCCUUCCGGUGUCCCAGGGGCUUUGCUAUCUUGAUGCGCCGAACUGCCGACAUGCCACUUUGGCCUGGAAGGGCGAGCGCAGUAUUCUAGUGGGAUACACGGCCCAAGGAGCCGAUUGCAUGCCUCAGGAGACGCGCACAUUCCUUGAGAACUUGGAGUUUCCCCUGCCCCCCGAGGGCCCCAGGCCCAUAAGCAAGAAGGCGAGAUUGGCAGGUGCCCCGGAGCCUGUCCCGCUGAGGGACAACGAUCACAUUUUGGGCUUACCGAACCUGUCGGACACCGACAAGGCCCGGGUUCGCAAGGCCAAUGAGCUGUGUCGCUUCGUUGUCGAGCUGAUUCGUGCCUUACCUUCUUCCACUUUUGUGAGCAUCGAGAAUCCCAAUAAUUCCUGGAUUUGGGGAGUGCUAGCUUUCUUCGUGCAAGAAUCUCGAGACCCUGCCCUACUCGAGAAAUGGCGUCGCAUGAUCGAUGUGCGCUUUCAUAAUUGCAUGAAGGGAGGUCGACGACCCAAGCACAGUCGCUUUCGUUGCAGUGAUUCUCGCUUGUCUAGCAUGGCUGUGGAGUGCGACAAUCAACAUAGGCACGAUCCCUAUCUGGUCUAUCAGACCGGCCGACAGUGGAGAUUCAGUACCGCUGAAGAGGCGGAAUAUCCGCCUCAACUUUGCCAGGAGGUGUCGCAACUGCUGGCCGCGACAGCGGGUUUGCCAUCCUGCUUAGAACCGCCGGCAGGUCCCCGCGCUGUCUGGCCCCAACCACGUGGGAGCCACAAGCUAAUCCCUGAGUUCCUCGAGUUUCGCACCGAGGCUCCCCUAGAUAGGCCCUUUAAGGAGUUUACCUCGGGUUUAGGGGGUGGUUCCGGGAGGUUCGGGGUGUACAGAACGCCUACCGAGUUCAUCGAUUGUGCCCUAAAGCUCAGCCAUCCCUUUGAUACCCAGCACUGCGUCCCAGAUGCCGUCAAAAGGAACAUCUUCAGACGGCUGACCGAAGGACCAUCUGCUUUUGCUGAAGAGAGGCUCAGACUUUACAACAGGCUCAACCAGAUGGAGAAAGAACUUCGCUACGAGGAGGCGCGACUGCAUUCAACCCUGCCUGACCACACUCGCGAAGUCAUCAAGGGAAAGAACCUUCUGCUAUGGGCACAAUUGCUGAAGGAGACCAAAUUUCCUGAUGAAGGAGUCUUCGACUUGAUGAUGGGCGUCGAUUUGGUGGGCAAGCCAGACAAAUCACCCUUGUUUGAAACCAAGGAAUCGCCGGCUACAUCCACACCUGAGCUUCUCCUUGAAUCAGCUCGCUGGCGCAGAGAGAGGCUCAAGGGCCGUGAUCCGCACGAGAAAGAUCCGGAGGCGACCUGGCAACUCUGGGAUUGCACUCUAAAGGACCGGGACGACGGCUUUCUCACAGGGCCGUUCUACGAUGAGGACGAAGUGAAAAAGCACCUUGGAGUAGAGGAGUUCGUCUGUUCAAGAAGGUUCGUCAUCGAGCAGGGCACGCCGGAGAGGCCCAAACUUCGACCGAUCGACAACUACAAGGAGGGCGGGGUCAACGAAGCUUACCAUAGCCUCGAAAAGCUCGCCUUGUUUGAUGUCAACUGGAUGACGGCGAUGGCGACUUACAUCGCGCGGGUCUCGGAUGGAACUGGCGAUUUGGAGAUUGUUCUCAGCACGGGAGAAAUUCUACGCGGAGAGCUGCACUCCCAGAGGCCCGCUCCGCCCGCUACGCCGGCGACCUCAGUCCCAGCCACCACAGCAGAAGGAGGUCAAGCUGAGACGGAGGAUCCCGCUGCCCUCGAGUUCUUGGAAGCCGAACUUGCCAAGCUCCAGGAGACCAGGCUCGAGGUGGCCCACGAGAUCUACAGGCGCAACCGCGAGGAAUAUACGAUUUCCAAGGCCCAGCUCCAGGACGAGCAGGAAAACGAAAGGCAGGCCACAGAGACGGAAUUCCAAGAAUUCCAAGAGUCAAUGGAAGGCGAACUCUGA